ACCUUUCUUUCAUAUCAUACAUCUCUCUGUCCACAGCCGUAGUAGUAGUAAGUAACCAUAAUCAAUGGCGCUCAAGCUUUAUGGUCUACCUAUGUCCACAAACACCACCCGUGUCAUGAUUUGUCUCCAUGAGAAAGAGGUCGAUUUUGAACUUGUUCCGGUCAAUGUUUUCACUGCAGAGCAUAAACAGCCUCCUUUUCUCUCCAAGAACCCCUUUGGUUUGAUUCCAGUACUCCAAGACGGUGAACUCAUUCUUUUUGAGUCCAGGGCCAUUACUGCAUACGUAGCUGAAAAGUUCAAGGAAACGGGACCUGAUCUGAUAAGGCACAAGGACGCAAAAGAAGGUGCAGUGGUGAAGGUGUGGACGGAGGUAGAGGCUCACUACUACGAGCCAGCAGUUUCACCUAUUAUCUACGAGCACUUCGUGGCCCCUUUCCAGGGCAAAGAACCGGACAAGUCAGUGAUUGACACCAACGUUGAGAAGCUUAAGAAGGUGCUGGAUGUGUACGAGGAAAAGCUGAGCAGCACUAAGUACCUUGCUGGGGAGUUUUAUAGCCUGGCUGAUCUUUGCCAUGUCUCUGAAACUCACUACUUAAUGCAGACCCCUUGUGCUUCCAUGAUCAAUGAGCGUCCCCAUGUAAAAGCUUGGUGGGAAGAUAUCUCUUCUAGGCCUGCUUUCAGUAAGGUUGAGCCAGGAAUGACUUUUGGUAAGAAUCAAGAAUGAGUGUUUCCGUGUUCUUUCAGCUUCUACCUGCUUAGUUUGUUGUACUAUGUUGUCUAGUGUAGCAACUAUGAUUCAACUCUUGCUUUUUUCAUUUCAAGUGUCUUUAAGAAGGACUAUGAGUCCCGUUAUCUUCAUUUCAUUAAUUUAAAAAACUAAUUAAGUUGUAGUGUUUGAACGUAAGCU